AUGAGCUCAAACGAUACUUUCUAUCUACGAUACUACUCCGGCCACCAAGGGAGGUUCGGUCACGAGUUUCUGGAGUUUGACUUCCGUGUUCUUGGAGACGGACGGAGUGCAUCGGCUCGAUAUGCCAACAACUCGAAUUACCGCAAUGAUUCGUUGAUUCGGAAAGAGAUGUGUGUGAGCCAUGCUCUAAUCGCAGAGAUCAAGCGAAUUGUGAAGGAGUCUGAGAUUAUGAAAGAAGAUGACACGAAGUGGCCCCAGAAGAAUAAGGAUGGCCGGCAAGAGCUGGAGAUUCGUAUGGGCAAUGAGCACAUAUCUUUUGAGACUGCAAAGAUUGGCUCAUUACAAGACGUUCAAGAUUCCGCGGAUCCCGAGGGUUUGCGCGUCUUCUACUACCUCGUCCAAGACCUCAAAGCUCUCGUUUUCUCACUCAUCUCCUUGCACUUCAAGAUUAAGCCUAUCUGA